AGUUUGUGAAAGUGCCUGACGUCACUCCCACAAUGCUCCCGCUCCAUAGCUGUAGUGCAGCAGCCUGGGGGAGAAGAGACUUUCAGGGCCUGAAAAAAGAAAAAAUACUGAAAAAAAUUGGAAAAAAUAAUAAAAUCACAUAUCGAGGAGAGAAAGACUCAGAAAGGCGACGUGGGAGAUCCCACGGAAGGUGAAGAUGUGCAGCAGUACUUCUUGGUCACCCCCAACUAUCACUGUUGGGACUGGGUGAGUGGGCUGCUGUGGAGGAGCUUUAGGACGCCUGUUAGUGAAGAUUUGGGUGACUUGCUGCUUUCCUUGAACUGGAUCAGACCCAGCCCAGGAGCCUCCUUGCGCGAUUCAGUCUAACCCAGUCUGAUCACACAGCACAGCAGCCAAAAGAGAGCCUGGAAGGCAGGGGUGUAGCGUCCGGCUUUUCAUGGCACCAGCCCCUUAAGGCUGCCAUGGCAGCAGCUGCCGCCGAUGCCCAAGGUCAGAUUACCACACUAACGCAGGAGGAAGAGGACGCUCGCUCCGCCGGGAAGGCGCUGCGAGCAGAGAGGGAAGCCAGGACCCCCAGGACUAGCGAGUGUGAGGUGUGUGGGGUGCUGUUUAGCUCUCGGGACAAGCUCCGAAUUCACGCCUACAGCCACACCGGAGAGAAGCCCUUCCGCUGCUCCCAGGCCCAGUGUGCCAAGGCCUUCGUCUCCAAGUAUAAACUCUUCAGGCAUAUGGCCACACAUUCUCCUCAGAAGACACACCAGUGCACGUUUUGUGAGAAAAUGUUCCACCGGAAAGACCACUUGAAGAACCACCUGCAAACCCACGACCCCAACAAGGAGGCCUUCAAGUGCGAGGAGUGCGGCAAGAACUACAACACCAAGCUGGGCUACAAGCGCCACGUGGCCAUGCACGCUGCCACCAGCGGAGACCUGACCUGCAAGGUGUGCCUGCAGAGCUACGAGAGUACGCCCGUGCUGCUGGAGCACCUCAAGAGCCACUCGGGCAAGUCCUCGGGCGGCGUGAAGGAGAAGAAGCACCCCUGUGACCACUGCGACCGCCGCUUCUACACCCGGAAGGACGUACGCCGCCACAUGGUGGUCCACACGGGCCGCAAGGACUUCCUGUGCCAGUACUGCGCCCAGCGCUUCGGCCGCAAGGACCACCUGACCAGGCACGUCAAGAAGAGCCACUCCCAGGAGCUGCUAAAGAUCAAGACGGAGCCAUCUGACAUGCUGGGGCUGCUCCACUCCAGCUCACCCAUCUCCGUGAAGGAGGAGCAUAGCCCCAUGAUGUGCAUGCCUCCUUGUAAAGACUCCAUGAUGGGCAAGCCCUUCGCCAGCUCUUUCCCCAUGAGCAUGUACAACCAGCACCUGCAGGCCAUGUCCAACUCUGGGUUCUCUCACACAUUGGUGCCCAGUUCGCUGGCCACGAUGGGGAUGGGCUGCCCCAUGGAGUCUCCUUCCCCUGUCCACCACCACUCCCCGCCUCCGCAGCAGCCCCCACCACACAAGUACCAGCUUGGAUCUACCGCAUGCCUGCAGGAGAAGCCCAUCAAAGUGGAGAUGGAGAGCUUCCUCAUGGAUCUGCAGAGCGGCCUGUCUGUAGAGCCCCACCCGUCUCCGCCCAAGGUCGGGCUGGAACAUCACCAGUCCCUGGACGACCUUUCCGGGGAGCACCUCCUGUCCAAAAGCCCGGCCAUCAUUGCCGAAUCUUUCUGUGCUGCUAACAUGGACUUCUCGCACCUGCUCAGCUUCCUGCCGCUGAACCUCCCUCCUUACAACCCCCCGAUGUCCACAGGGGGGUUAGUCAUGGGCUACUCUUCCCAAGGGGAGCACCAGUCUCCCCUAACCUCUUUGCAACCUCAACUUCAAGAGUCCCAGGGAUCUGGGAGUGGCUUAAGCCUGGGGCCUCUCCACACCCUCCCUCCCGUCUUCACUACCAGCCUCAGCACAACCACCUUGCCUCGUUUUCACCAGGCGUUUCAAUAGGGCUCCACUACGAGGGGGGAGCUGUUUAAAAUCCCUCUCACCGUGUUGAAGACUUAAUAAGGAGCCUUACUAAAGCGCACAAAGCUUUCUUUAGCCGGAGGAAGCUAAAUCUUUUAUAUUAAGAAGCUUUUAUAAGGCUUUGUUUGUUUUUCUUUUACUAGAUAGAAUGGAUUCCUAAAUAUGGAGGUACAGUGCUAUAAACUUAUCAAAGACUAGUAAUAGUACUUUUUAUCAUCUUUCUUUCCUCUUAUAAGACGUUCCCUAUAGCUUCUCGAAGUGGCAGUUCAUCAGCUGCGUGUUAUUCUGCAGUUUUUUUUUUUCCCUACAGGAUACAUCAUGAAGAAUUAGUGAAGGAAUAAUAACUACAUGAACUGGUUGAAAUCUAACCUGCUUUCAACAUGCAGGGUAUCAAAUAACAUGACAAAAAACAGACCUACAGACAAACAAUUCAGAUACUUUACAUCAUCUAAGAUGGGGAUGUAUACUUUAUAUAAAAAAAAGCACUUUUUCCUUCAUCAGCCAAUGCACGCAAACAUGUGCAUUCAAUGUUUUUUCACUAGCAGUAUAGAAAUACACAUAUCUGGCCUUCAUGUAAACUGCUAUUGUGGAAACAAGCACAGUACUGCCAAGGAGAAAACUGGAAUGCACAUAGUGGUUAAAAAAAAAGUAUAUUUCACAACUACAGAUGGUAAAAAUAAAUAUUUCAGGUGAAUGUCAUUGUCAGGAAAUUAAUGCUAGCAAUAAACAUUUAUGAAUGUUGCAAGAUUGCUAGCAUCAUAUUGCAACUUCACUCCAGAUCCAUUUUAAACUCACACCUGUUUGGAUGACUUUUGAAGUCGUAAGUUCAAAUCUAUUUGGAGGCCAAAUACAGUAGUCUUACACAGUUGGAGAGAGGUUUAAUGAUGGUGUAUUUGGCAAACUCAUUUGCAGGGUCAACAGUGCUGCUUUGCCAGAUAUAAUAUCUUAUACCGGUAAGCCCUGGUUUAAUGAAGGACAUUUCUGCUUUUUUAAAAUACACACAUCAAAUAGAUAUAUUGGCACUUAGUUUGUGCUGUGGAAUAUUGAUUUCUAGUUGAUUUUCCUCAGUGGGUUCAGCUUAAUGGAUAGUCUCUCCUCUGAGCGCUGCAGAUUGGAUCUCUGUUGCAUUUCCCCAAUGCUUGAUUGGUGAUGACUGGAGUAAAGCUUGCAAUACAGAGUCAGUCACUCGCUGACCAUUACUGAGAGCGCUCCUGUUGGAAAAGGAUAGGGUUCUGUCCGUGAGUUUAAUUUGGUAUAAAAGUUACAGUACACUUAUUUAAAAGCUGCUAAAAUACUUUUUUUUUCUUUUGCAGAAAAUGGCACUAAAAGUAUCCACACAUGCAUAGUCUUCUAAUUAUACAUAUAAUAUGCAUGCCAGCUAUAAAAGCAGGGUGCAAAUUGUGUGAUAAAAACAUAAAUCCUUGCUGCUGAACUACCCACAAUGGCUAGAGGUAACGUUGGCCUCAUAGUGGUGGCCAGUUCACUUGCUUCUGAAAGCUCCGAACAAUGAACAGCUCUAAGCAAAAAAUCUGAUCUGCAACCAGAUAUUACACAAAGGUCAAAGGUUGCUUGUUUGUUAUGUUAUGUUUGUAGAAUUGUCAAAUUUACUCAUCUACCUCCAAUAUUUAAUAGUAAAAUGAAUUGACGGCCAUCUACUUACAUGCAUGUUUGUUUUAGUUCAGAAGUCUGAGGUGUAGCAUUCACCCCUAGCAUCCUUUGCAUUAGGUGCUCAAAGUUGUAGAGACAGAUUUAUGCCAGCAAACCACAGCCGUAACUGGGACUGACGGCGUGCUAGUUUGAAGUGGUUUGAUCUCAGCCUGCUAAAAAUGGAAAUGAACAGGACUGAUUUGAGACACCCCAUUAUUGCAAAAAGCAGAACUGAACCAGGUUUUAAAUGUAAGCUCAAAUAUUAUGCAGUCUUUAGCAAAUUAUAAUGAAACUCAAGUGGAAAGGAAUAGAGAAGCCUGUGCAAUCCUUCAGUCUUUAUAUUCCUCGUUCAUUAAUUCAGUCAGGAAUUUUAUUACAGCGGCCGCAGCAUGAGAAGUAGCAGUGCAAUCACUAUUAAGUACAAUCAUCUGACCAUCUCCAUGUCAAAACUGUACUGCCAUUUAUGACCGUGACUCAAUACUCCUGCAAUGGCUACCCAAAGGAAUAGCUGCCUGCAGUCCUUUACCAGUGACCCAAAUAUGUUUUUUAACAGCAUCACCCAUCCACGGUAUGUUGCGUGACAUCCAUCAUUUACCAUAUGCUUCGAAACAUGAUCCAUAGGUUAGUAUUACUGUCGACAGCAAACUUGAAUAUUUUUAAAUUGUAGAGCAACGCAGUUAAAGAACAAUGAAUAAGGUUGCCUCAGAAAUUGUUAAAACCCAACAUUCAUGACAUGUACUUAGUUGAACCACUAUAAUACCACAUCUCAAGCGGGGAUGUCAUUUUCUAAGGCAGUUUUUGACAAUUUGAGAAACAGUCCGCCCAGCCCCUGAUCAGUCACAUCUGGGUUACUCAAUUACCCAUUUUUAUACUUGUCCCAGUAUAUCUAUUGCAGAUAAAUAAGUCUCCCUCCCAACAUUCAUUUUUCAAAUCUGAAAAGUCACAGUUGGCCCAGUUUUGAAAUUGUUGUUAUUGCUAUUAUUAUAAUAUUUCUUUUUCUAGUCGGUUUUAGACAUUCAGUAUAAUAACCCUGACAUAUGUGAAUAGUAAACAAUAAAAUGUGUUUUAAGAAUUUCUUUGCAGUGUACGAAAAAAUAUAUUGCUUUUUUUUUCAUUGAAAUUAAGUCUAGAUAGUUGUAUAAAGUACUGACAUUUUGAAUUGGUGUCCAUACAGUUUUGUUGUAUGACUUGCAGUUUAUUGAUCUGAAUUUAGAUUAAGUAUUGGUUUUCAGUAUAUUUGAGCUGUUGUAGAAAAAAAAAACAGGGUUUGUGAUUUCUACAGUAAUAACCAAGACUUUACAUUGUACUAAAAAAAACAACACCCUUUGGAUUAUAAGUGCUUUUACUUCAACUGUCUUGCUAUCUGAAGCCUGCAAGAGACUGAAACAAUAGCUCCAAUUAGUGAGCCUGGUAAUCUUAUAUGGUUAAAGGAGUGCUGUCCAAGGUUUAAAACCCAGUUUAGCACUAGAAAUACUGCAGUGGUCCCCUUUUUAUUCUGUAGCAAAGACCUUGUGGAUCCUUGCCAUUUAUUUUAUACACCAAUCGUAAUCUGCAGAUAUCACUAAUGUCAAAGCUACAGAUGAAAAGCACCUGAUGCCUCGUGAUACUGAAUUAAUUCACAUGCUGUAGUUCAAAGGUACAACAGAAAGCACUGUAUUUGAAUUAAGAUAAAAAUAAAAAGUUAACUAAAAGUUUUCUGCUCAACAAGAGGGACAAACACGAUUUCUAGCACGAAAAGUUUUUCAGAGGCAAGUUGGAUUUUAAAGCAUUGGUUUGUACUCCUAAAGGCAGGGAUGUAUCUCAGAUAAAAGCCAUGAGCAGGUUAAACCCUUGGCUGUUUUUGUAUAAUAUUGCUCACUCCUGGAAUAAUGCACUUACCCAUCUUUGAUCCUUUUGACCUCCCUGCUGUUUUUGCCAUGUGCCCCACUACAUCAAAUCAUAACUAGAUUACCAGGUAAGGGAUCGGAUGUGAAAGUAGUGAUGGCUUUUACAAACAUUAACCUGAUUUCAAGUGUAAGAUAAACAAGUCCAUUGCCAUUGAAACUUUUUUUUUAAGAAUAGGAGAAGCCAAUGAAAAUAAAUAGUUGUUGGACAUUUAGCCUCAUUACAAUGGACAUGCGUGGAUCCUAAUAAUGCUGUAUCAUUGUUGGUAAAGCAUGUGCCAUUUCAUUUGUUUUCCUACAUAUUUUGUAACUAUAUCUUAUGUAUUUAUAUGUCUUUCUAAUAUAAACUGCUUUUUUUAUAAACUAAAUAAGCAUCUAUUACCUUUUGUUUAUGAACAUAUUACAGAUAAAGUAAUUUUAUUGUUAUUUUUUUUUUAAAGCUGAAAAGUAUCCUGAGAAAAUAAAUCUACAUUCUUCUUUCUUGGUAUCAAACUUCCUGUGAUGACGACUUCUCUUCCGAAGUUUAAAAUUGCUCACAAUUCAAAUGGUCUGCCAGUUAUCAGUACAACUGGGUUGUGUGUGUGUGUGUGUGUGUGUAUACACAUUGCCUUCAGCAUUAUGUUAUUCAUCUGGCUUCUUCCUAGAUUCAGCAAAAAUAGUUGAAUGGAAUGGCAAACUGUACUAUCAUUUGUUAUAAGCAGACCCUUCUGUUGGAUCAAAGUAUAAACAACUAAUUGGGGCUUUUGUUUCUUUUUAAUAUUUGUGCUGUUUUAAACAGGACCUCAUAAUAACACAACACAUCACCUCAUGUAUAUUUCUAAGUCCUGGGAGGAAAAACUAAAUUAAUAAUAAUACUGUUAUUAUUUUAAAAUGAUACACAUACAUGUCAUCAACACCAGCUAAAUAAUUGAGUUGAUACACUUGUUUUUCUCUUGGAUGAAGUGGUUUUCCCAUGUUAGUUUAAUGACUAUCUGAUCUGACUGCUCCAGUAUAGUGGCUGAUGACUUUUUUUCCUCCCAUGGCUUGUUUAAAUCUAUUUGUUUUCUAGCACUUUCAAAACCUGUAAACAGGAGUGUCUUUUACGUACAACCUGUUAAUUUUUAAUGUGUACAAUUAAGUGCCAUUAGAAACCAUGUAUAGAUUUUUUUUUUUUUUUUGUAGAAUAAGAACAGUAUUUGAUAAACAAAAUGUGCCGCUGCUCUGGUUUUUUUUUUUUUUUUUUCUUCUUUGGAGUGUCAGCCAUGUGGGAGAUAGAUAUAGGAAGUACCAGCCCAACAGCUUGACAGCCUAAAGCAAAGAAAUGCCUAUAAUAGAAAGCCAGAUUUCUGUGUAUCUCGGAGGAAACAUGUACAAAUAUGGGUUUGGAAAACCAGUAUGUGGGUAGUAACCUGGGCAUGGUAUAGUAUGCAGCUCAAGACAGAAAUACCAUGUGGUGUCUCACUGUUAUUGUUUUAAAACACACCUGUUUUUAUAGGCCAUAAAAAGCUGUCUGUUGCUGCUUUAGGCCGUCAACUUAUCAUGGAAUCAAGAACUAGAACUACUAGAAACCAAACAUGGUUGCAUUUGCUUAAUUUUUUCCAUUUUAGAACUUUGUGAAGCUUGUGCAGGUGUGAGUUCCAUUGUCUUCAGUGUAUUGUUGCCAAGUUUGAGCUUCCAAAGACCAAACUGUCUGAAUCCUUUUUGUAUUAAGUAAAUGCCCUCACCAAAAAGUGCCACAUUUCAUAACUUAAGCUACAGAUUAAUUUGAAGAGUAUUAUUUACCUGGAAAUGAUGAUGCAUUCCAGUGUUUUAAACAUUGAGGAUUCACAAGUUGAAUGUGUUGAUUUUCAGAAAUACCUGUCAACACCAGCAACAUCUGCAUAAAGCGCUUCCAACAAAUGAAAUCCACAUCUGCUUUUAAAGAUAACCUAAGAAAUAGAAAGGAUAUAUUGCAAUAUAUUUAACAACUGGAACACAUGCAAUGGAAAAUGUCCACACGUAUUAAAGCAUUAGUAAUACUAACAGCAUUUAUUUAUAAAUCCAAAACCAAAAAAAGCUUACCUUAAUACUUUACAAUUGACAUUUAGGUGCUAAUACGUUUUUAUGCCUUGUACUAUCAUCAUGCUUUUCUUUCCUGUUUAUUAAUACAUGCCCUGUAUGUAUGGACAAUACCUUAGACUGGUAUCUGCGCUUUCUGUAGGCUCUGUCUGUUUGUAUUAGUACUGACCUGGUCUCUGGAUCUCAGUGUAUACCUGCUAGUAUUACCUUACACUCUCUGCUGGUUAGGCUGUAUUACCCUCAACCCAUAUUUGUACUAGUAGGUACAGAACACAUUGGGAAUGGAAUAAAUAACUAACUGCAGGAUGAAACUCUUCAGACAGUGCAUUGAUAUUUACAAAUCCCAUACAAUUGUUUUGGCUAUAUUAUGAGAAAUGAAGGUGUCUGUCUGUUAAGCAGAAAUACCUAGUGUCUUUUUUUUUUUUUAGCUUAAGUCCUGCAUUCCAAGUUCUUUGUGUAUCUAUUGUGUAGUAUGUAGAAGUUGUUUUACCUUUUGUAUUCUUUAUUACUGCCUCGUUUAAAAAGAAGAGAUGGGAUGUUUGCAUUCAUUAUUCACUAUAUUUUUAUAUAGCAUUGUAUUUACAUACUACUGGGAAAUGUACAAAAGGAUUUCAGAGAAACAAAUCUAAUCUUUUUUGUUUUAAAAAAGAUGAGGUUUCUUAAAGGAUUCAUAUGCAAUCAUUGCUGCAGUGUAAGAUGACAGAUUUUUAUAUUGGGUGAUCCAAAGAAAAGUUAACGCAAACAUAUUUACUUAUUGUACAGUAUGUUGUACUUUUGACUUUUAUUGUGUUAUCUUUAAAUGAUUAAAAUACAAACCUAUGGUUUA